AUGAACCGCCAGGUCUUCCAUAAUUUUGCCGCUGCGUGGAGUAUCUUACCGUCGGUUAUGAUGCGAAACACUGUAUUUGCAGCGCAGUGCAUGGUCAUGGCCUCUGCCUACCUAUUCUAUCUGGUACGAUCCCUGGAAGCCUGGACCUUGCUAUCCAGCAUGAGCAUGAAAUUACAGUUGUUGUUUGGCAGUCCAAGCGGAAUCCCAAAUCAGUGGAGAGAGCUGAGUGUAAGGGUAUACUGGAAUGCGUUGUUGUUUGAAAGUGAUCUUCUUGCAGAAUUAGAUCUCCCCCAUUCUGGCAUCGUCCACUUUGACGGACUCGUGGACCUACCAGGAGGGUUUGAUGAAGAAGAUGAGGAUGAUGGAGAAGAGGAAGACUGGGAUCAUGAUGAGGGCGAGGAACGCCGAAGAGCCUGGAAAUAUCAGGGUUCGUCACGCCUGGUGGACUCUCAACUGGCCGUUUGGCGUGACGAACUCUGGUAUUUCCUGGCAGAGAUUGCGCUAUGA